AUGGGAUGUAAUUCAACAAAAUAAAAUGGAGCUUAGCUAAUAUAAUACGAGAAUACAUAAAGGAUUUCGAAAUAAUCAACUGAAUUAAUAGAAAUUUAAUAAAAUAUUAUCAAGCACUUAAAUCAAUAGUAAUAUCAAAUAAGAACUAGUGUUACAUCUCUAAAAAGUGCUUUAUAAUCAUAAUCAUUAUGUAAUGAAUAAUUAAAUUUACAGAUAAUUAAAAAAUGAGAGAUUAGAAAACUGAAAUGACUUUAUCUACAAUUGUUCUUUAGACAGAGGUAGGAACAGAGUCACUCAAGAAGAAAUCGGUAUAUUGA